AUGGAAGAAAGCACGCACCUGAGCAGGAGAGAGAUCCACCCGAACUGGGAGAAGCUCUACUCCUGUCUCACUACACCCGCCUCCCCCGACGAGAUACUGCCUGAUCGGACUCUUCCUCAUACGGACUUCCAGCUGACACAACAAGUUGGGAUUACAGCACCAACCAUGGACUUUGAACGGUGCAACUCCACGUGCAGAGAUUCAACAGGAGACAAGAAGCCCAACCGCUGUAAGACUCAUGGGGUAAUGUCCCACACACAAACCACACACUGCUCACACACUCAUGCACGUUGGCAUACAUCACUAUGCACCCAUGGUGGCGGAACCCAAACGCUCCCUAUUCCGCUGACUUACACACACACACGUACUCCGGCUGAAGAACCGAUCCAGCAGUGCCAAAUGUUAAUGUUAUGGUUAUUUUCUGUUGUAUAUUGUUAAGGUCAUGGAAGGUUAAAGGCUAUGAUAUGUCGCAAACGACCCACAAAACCCCAAUAGAUGCCUAGAGACACCGGGCUAAAUCGGGGUCACACACCACUCACACCGAGUAUGUGGUCACAGCGACAACUAGGCCGGGAUACCUAUGUUAUUUCAAACUCUCAAGUACCACGCUCCCACAUGAUACUACUGUACAGCCACAUAGCCCUUAACUGGGCUGCAUUACAGUUCUUCUUGUUAACCGUCCACUCACGGCACGGUUCCCCUCCAUCCCCCCCCCCUCUCUAACCUCUCUGGAGGAGGGUACUUUAAUUUGCAAACACCACAGGGAGACCCCCCUAAGGGGACCAAUAUGUCUGGAGUAUCUUACAACUAGCCUAAGGGAGGACCCACCCUCCGCUAACUCUCAGACCCAAAGAGAUAAAACCCACCUAGACUGAACACCCCAUAUAAACGACACUGCUUACUCAGGGACUUUAAACAGACACAACCAGAUGUGUUGUGCCUCCAAGAAACACAUUUCAAGACAACACCAAAAAUCAAGCCGUCACAAUUCCCACACCAAUAUCAUGCCACAUCAGGACAAAAAACUAAGGGCGUAUCAAUACUGAUUAGCAACAAGGUCUCAUUCCAAUACCACUCUUCGCGAACAGACCCUGAGGGCCGCUACCUCAUGCUAGUUUGCAUGAUCAAUAACAACAAAUACAUGAUUGCCAAUGCAUAUGCCCCAAACACAAACCAAAGGAACUUCCUACACAGAAUUCUGUCUCUCCUCCGCCCAAUCCAAGAGGGUAUACUGGUUCUGUGUGGGGAUUUCAACCAUAUCUUAGAUCCUAGCAUGGACACUACGACGCAAAUCCCCCACACAACACGUUCCCGACAACAAACAGCCUGCAUGAACCACCUAAAACUACUAGAGGAACGGGGGCUAUACGAUGUGUGGAGAGUCCUACACCCACAGGAAAAGGACUACACAUAUUUCUCUGCCGCACACAACACAUACACGAGAAUAGACAGGUUUCAUGUUGAGGGUCGACAUCUAGACCAAGUACUGGAAUGCUCUAUAGGCACCAUCUCGUGGUCAGACCACGCUCCUUAAACCAUAACCCUUAAAGAUAGCUAUGACUAUAAACAUAAGAGCCCCUGGAGACUCAACGAGUCCCUACUAACAGACAACUCCUUUACGGACAACAUAAAGAAAGCCAUCAACGACUUUUUCACUCUGAACAAACCAGAAGACACUUCUAUAAGCACUACAUGGCAGGCACACAAAUCUGUAAUCAGAGGGCUCCUCAUCAAGCAGGCCUCUCACACACAAAAAACACGACGAGCCAACUGGAUAGCCUGGCACAAACAGCUGGCAGACCUCACAUGCAAAAACAAAACCCAACCGACUGCAGACACACAACAAAGAAUUGGGGAAAGAACGAAAGAAAUUAAAACACACACCCUGCAACAAGUCGGAUACAACCUCCGCAAACUGAAAGCCACACAUUAAACCCAGGGCAACAAAGCCAGUAGGAUACUAGCAACUAGAUUGAAGAAAGUAGAGGCAAACGCCAAAAUACCGUAUGUAUAUACAGCCAACAACACAAAAGUUGUAUCCCCCAUAGAUAUUAGCAAUGCAUUCGCAAGCUACUACCGCCAACUAUACAACCUAGCACACUCUAACCAACUGCACGUACCAGAUGACCAGGAAAUCAUAACCUACCUCCAAGACACUCCACUACAGACCCUCACCGCAGACCAGGCAGCCACACUACAGCACCCAGUCACAAUCACAGAGGUAGAGGAAGCCAUACAACCCCUUCCAACUAACAAAGCCCCGGGCCCAGACGGGUUCACAAACCUGUAUUACAAAAAAUUUAAAUCAACCCUUGCAAAACCCCUAGCACAGCUAUUCAACUCAGCCACCCAGGAGAAAAAGCUUCCCGAGGAGCUGCUGUUAGCACACAUUAUAAACACUCCCGAAACCAGGUAAACCCCCAACUCACUGCCCCAACUUUAGACCUAUAUCAUUACUCAACACAGACGCCAAAUUAUUAGCAAAGGUCUACGCCAGGCGACUAGGCACCAUCCUUCCCUGAUACACGACGAUCAAGUAGGGUUCGUAUCAGGGAGGCAAGGGGCAGACAAUACCCGAAAAGUAUUAAACCUCAUACACACUAUACAGAGGUCGAACGUGGGAGGCCUUCUCGUGUCCUUAGAUGCAGAGAAGGCCUUCGACAGACUAAAUUGGGGAUUCCUGAAAAUAGUCCUGAUGAGAAUGAACUUCCCUAGCCAUUUUAUUAAUAUGGUGGAGGCCUUAUACAGCCACCCAACAGCAAGAGUGUUAAACGCGGGAUUCUGUUCCGACAAGUUCACAAUCACUAAUGGGUCUAGACAGGGAUGCCCCCUAUCCCCACUACUCUACGUCCUGGCACUAGAACCCCUAGCCGCUAGAAUACGAGCGGAUGCAUCCAUACACGGAGUACCCUUGAACCAACGGGAAUACAAACUGAGUAUAUUCGCUGAUGAUGUCUUUCUCACAUUAACGCAACCCCAAAUAUCCCUGCCAAACCUAAUGAAACACAUCACAACAUAUGGCCUCCUAUCCUACUACAAACUGAACGUUUCUAAGACACAAGCGAUGGGGAUCAACAUACCCAACAAGCAAAUGGCUCUCCUUAAAGGUUUGUUCCCCCUAGACUGGAGGGAUGACUAUCUAACCUUCCUGGGGGUAAAAAUGACAAAAAACCCCGCCACACUGUUCAAAACCAACUACAUCCCCCUAGCUAACGUUUUAAAAAACACACUACAGUCAUGGGAGGGGAAAUACUUAUCUUGGGUGGGCCGCAUAGCUGCCAUCAAAAUGUCCCUAUUACCGAAACUGCAAUAUCUAUACAGAACACUGCAAAUCCCCACUCCAAGUGCCUUCCUAAAAUCACUAUCGCAACAGCUAAUAGCCUUCACAUGGAGUAAUAAGAAGCAAAGAGUAGCGACAAAACUCUUACAAAGGCACCAAACACAGGGAGGGUUAGGUCUCCCUGAUAUAACCGCAUACCAUAGAGCAGCGGCACUAACAAUAGUGCCGCAACUGAGACCACAACCAACUUCACCACAGUGGCUACACAUAGAAAACCACUGGGCGGCAGCCUCAACGUUGCAAACACUGUUCUGGACUCCCAAGUCCCAUAGACGGGACACCACACACCUACUACCCACAACACAGCACAUACUGCACCACUGGGACGCUUCCAGACACCACCUGGUCCAUUUCCUCCCAGUACCUCUAGCUACCCCGCUGGACAGCCUGGCCACCCUAAUACCAACAUGGGACAAAAAACCAUGGCAACAAGGGUGGAUAACUGAAGUGGGACAGCUAUACAAAGGAGGUAAACUCCGCCCAUUCCCAGACAUACAGAGGGAAUACAACCUCCCCUCCAGACUGAUUUUCCCUUACCUGCAGAUCAAAUCAUGCCUAUCUCAGAAUAAACCCCGCGCCAACAACGCUAAUACCCGAGAGCACCUAUCUGAAUUCGAACUCCUGUGCACGCACAGAAAACCGCUAAAGAAAUUAAUAUCCAUAAACUACCGACUACUACUACAGACGGUAGACCCACCCAGACACGCAUAUACAGUCCUGACAUACGGAACUGGGAAGGACCAUAACUAGGGAAAAAUGGGACAAGGCCUACUCCUCACACAAGGCAACAACUUCCUGUGCCACUCAUCUGGAGCUACAGCGCAAACUGCUGUACCGAUGGUACCUAGUCCCAGCCAGAGUCCACCACAUCUGGCCGCAAUCCACAGACAAAUGCUGGAGGUGCGGACACCAAAGGGGCACCAUAACACACGUUUGGUGGACAUGUGACAAUAUCAGACCCUUUUGGCACGAAGUACAAAAUGUCAUAUCAAAUAUCAUACGCACUCAGGUAACCCUCACCCUAGAACUCUGCAUUUUAUUCAUCCCCCCAGACGAGACUCCCAAGGCCACAUGGACAGCCAUGUACCACGUAUUAAUAUCAGCAGCGACACUUAUCGCAAGGUAUUGGAAACAGGUAGCAAUCCCAUCCAGGGAACUCCUUAUACAGCAAGUCUCACUCAAUUGGGUCUAUGAAACAGUAUUUGCAACCCAAUUUGGAACUAAAAAACACUUGAAACAAGCCCAUACUACGUGGACAGAUUUCCUGACCCGCUCCGUAACGCAAGCCGCUCCCAAAGAGAACCCGCCCACGACUACACAAGACAAGACCCCACGAAAACCGCACACUGACCAGACUCCAGCGUGA